UGCAACAAAGCCAAUGCCAAAAAAAUAACAUUAGACCGUUUCUGAAUCUGGGUGCCCAAACUAUUACGCCUUUAUGGGCUAAUAGGCCUACGGGCCCAACUGAAUGGUGCCAUUCACAGUUUUCACGCCAGCCAAACAGAACUUACAAGCGAAUCAACUAGAAAGCUACCGUUCCCAAACUGCAUUUUCUCCUUUUUCUCAUAUCAGUUUGAUAUAUAUACACGUAAAAUAGCUUAAGUUUACACUGCAAGGCUACAACAGGCAUAGAUAGAUAGACAGACACCUUAGGGAGACGAAGAAAGAAAAUGGGGGCAGGGCGAGAGGUUUCAAUUUCUUUGGACGGGGUGCGGGAUAAGAAUGUGAUGCAACUCAAAAAGUUGAAUACUGCACUAUUUCCUGUUCGCUACAACGACAAGUAUUAUGCCGAUGCCCUCGCUUCUGGGGAUUUCACCAAACUAGCUUAUUACAGUGACAUCUGUGUUGGUGCAAUUGCCUGCCGGUUGGAGAAGAAGGAAGGAGGGGCUGUUCGCGUUUACAUCAUGACAUUAGGUGUUUUAGCACCAUACCGAGGACUUGGCAUUGGUACAAGACUGUUGAAUCAUGUUCUUGAUCUCUGCUCCAAGCAGAAUAUUUCUGAGAUUUACUUGCACGUGCAGACAAACAAUGAAGAUGCCAUCAACUUUUAUAAGAAAUUUGGAUUUGAGAUCACAGAAACCAUCCAGAAUUACUACACAAACAUUACACCACCUGACUGCUAUGCCCUUACCAAAUUCAUCACUCAGACAAAGAAAUGACUGCAAAGGUAGCAAUUCAGUUGGCAAUCCUUGUUUCCUUGCUAUUCGUCGAACUUUACGUGGGAUUAGUUAUACUUGGAACAUCAGAAUCUGAUUGAUGAAAUUAUGCAUGAACAAUUCGUGUGAUGCACGGCUGAUUGAUGGAAUGACUAUAAAUCUUUAAUAGUUUACAAACAUUUUGAAGUUUUGUUUACAAGCGUUUUGAAAUUCUGUAUUUUAUUGACACUGGAAGAAGUUUCUUUCACUUUGAUAAGAUUUUGCUUCUGAAA